CCUCACUCCUCGAUGGACUUAGAAAACGACAUUGUUGCGGACAGCGAAGGCGAGGACGAAUACUUUCCACUGCCAUCUCUUGGCUCUCCUGCACCCGCAAAGACGAUCCAAAGACGGGCUCUCAAUGACACCGUUCCAAUUUUGGGACUCCACGAGGGAGACUCUUCUCAUAUUUCAGAUUAUACAAGCAAACCGUCAUCUCACGUUGAAAACAUUUCGGUGUUUACUAGUAGACCGCAAACUUCCUCGCACCCAGAUACCGAAAUCCCGUCAGAGCCGCCGAAGCCGCAGCGUCCUCGACCUCGGCCCAUAUAUAAGAUGAAACAAGCGCAGUCGAUCAGCGACAUCUCCGGAGGCGACUCCUCCUUUGCGGCAAGUGUCUUGAGCAUCGCAGAUCGCGCCAAGAUGCGUUCCCGAGUGCCUAAGCCUUCAGAAUCAGGCUCUCUUUCUUCGAAGGGUCCCAUUGCUUCUGGAAUAUCCUUAGGCGUCAUCGAUAUCUCUUCCGACGACGACAGCGACGAGCUGAAUUCGCUUCCAAAGAGCAAACCCAAGGCACGUAAAGAAAAGGAAGUCUCUAAACCACAGCAGGUACCACAUAACGCUAGCAAAUCUCCCCAAUAUUCCCCUUCGCAACCUAUAUCUCCGGCAACCAAGAACGCAAAUCAUCCUUCUUUUCUAUUCAAUGACGAAGACAUGAGAGCCAACUACGAUCAUCCGUCGAUUGCAACCCUCAUAGAACCCGACACGAGCCCUAGAGAUUCAUCUCCCUUACCAUCCCGACGGCUGCGUACCAUCGAAGAUGACGACGUCUACGACCAAUUAGACAGUGAUAUACCUCCUUCUGGGUUCUUCGCGUCUUCUUCACUUGGCCUCGAUAAAGCAGCGGAGGAUCAUUCCCAUCAGGGUAACAUCCCAUCACUGAGUCCUCCCAUACCGCCUACGAAAGGCAAGGCUGCAAAGAAGGGAAGAAAGAAGAAAAACGAGGACGAAGAGUCUAAAGAGAAAUCGAGGUCAAAGGGGAAAAAAACCAAGGAGCCGGAAGCUGGCGCAGCGGCGAAGAAGACGAAGGGCAAAGGGAAGGAAAAAGAGAUUUUCAAGAGCAGCGAAUUUGUCGAAGAUGAUAGCAUCCAAGAGCUAGAACCGUUCUCCAUUCCCGAAGAGCCUAACAUCAUGCUUGACCAAGUGGACUCUUCGAGUGGUCCCUCAAUGACGGUCGAAGACCCUCCUGUCCGUUCCAAACCAGGAAGAAAGCGCAAGGAGGCGACUAAUGAUGAAGCCGGCGAAAAAACGGGAAAAACGUCGAGGAAGAAACGGAAGACAGAGGGUGGGGGCAAGACUGGUCAAUCCAAGGCCAAAGCGAAGACGGUUAUCUUAUCUGACGAUGAAGAUACUCCCGAACAACUAAGUGCCUCCGCAAGGCUUGAUCUCGACGACGUGGUUAUGGAAGCGGAAGAGCCUGAAAAGCAGACCGCACCUGAAACGGGACCUGCGGGCACUGACGGUGAAACAGCGAAAGAAUGUGAUAAGGAGAACAUACAACCAAAGCCCUCCAGAGUAGAAGCAGAAGAGAAGAGCACCAUGCACGAUUCAAAUACGCCGAGAGUAAAGUCAUCUCUCACUUCUCGUUACUCGAUUGCUCCUCGCUUCAAAUCAACACCUAUGAGUGAGCUCAUUCGUCGCGUGAACUCCUUACCCAGCUCUCCGUUUCCUGUGGGACGACCUGGACAGUCGAUACCCGGGACAGCCUACUCCCCCUACCUCAAAUCCAGCAAGUCUACAUUAUCACGUAUUGCCCCGUUACAUCCGAACAGACGCACACCGCCGCCACCACUGCCUCCUCCACCGCCCCCGAAGAAGACCAAGAAAGAAAAAGAGAGAGAGGAACAAUGGGAAGAAGAACUUAUUGAAGAGGUUGGAGGAAUGACGGAAUGGGUUUCGAUGACUGAUGUGGAGCGAAGGGAGAUGCGACGAAUGAGGAGAGAACGCGAGAUGGGUGGAUGGGAAGAUUAGUUGUGUUUUAUUCUGUUGCAUAAUUUACAUAUUGGGAGGUCGAUGACGUA